AUGGCAGCGUCUGAUCUCCUGGUCGGCAUCACCGAUCCGUUUCUCCGUCUGACUAUUCAAAUUCACUUCCCAUAUUCAUUGCUGAACAUUACUCCCGUGUGCGCGACGACCGAAGUCCUGGUAUUUACAACCACCGCGGUCUCUGUCUGGCUGACGGUGGCCUUUACCUUCGAUCGGUUUGUGGCUAUUUGUUGUGAGAAGCUGGAAACAAGAUAUUGCACUGAGAGAACGGCGGCUGUGGUUAUCGGGGCAGUGAGUGUGCUGGGCUGUUUCGAGAACGUCCCCAGGUAUUUUAGGAUAGAACCUGUCUACGUGUUUAAUGAUCUUCCCUGGGGUUGCUACGCCAAACCCACCUUCUAUACGUCGUCUGCAUGGGUCGCAUAUGAUGUCACACACCGCGUUCUAACCCCUUGUAUCCCGUUCUUUCUGAUUCUUCUGCUCAAUGUGCUGACGGUCAGGCGGAUUGUAGCGGCCAGCAGAGUCCGCAGGGGUCUCCGGCGCCGCAGCAACGGAGAGAAUGACAAGGACCCGGAGAUGGAGAACCGCAGGAAAUCAAUUAUUUUACUCUUUAGUAUCACGGGCACUUUCAUACUCCUGUGGGCAACACAAGCUGUCUUUUACAUCUUUACUAGUAUUGCGAAGACCGGAUAUGACAGCUCCCCUAACGGUUAUUACUAUAUCACGAGUGUCACGUCGGGGUUCUUACAGCUGCUCAGUACCUGCACUAACACGUGUAUUUACGUGGUGACUCAGAGUAAAUUCAGAGGUGAACUGAUAAACGCGGUUAAAUUCCCACUGAGAGCAAUGCGUGCACAUUUACAAUCUGAUUUUUAUACACCACGCAAACAGGGUAUUUGA